CUCCCCCUGGACAUUAAGCUGAUAAUCCUUGUUUUUCAGAACCACGGUGGAAUCGAACGUCUUGUUCAAGUACUUCUCUGCUGCUCCGUGACGAUCAGUGCGUCGACCGUCCGUGACGCGACAGCGUCUAAAGCCAACAACCCCCGCCUCUGGCGCACCGCGGCCCCGUCCAGACAGAGCCCGUCGCAAGCGACCGACCUCAGGUGCCUCCACGCCUCUGCGAGCCUCGUCGUGCCGGACUGCGCCAAAGUGACACCACACCCAAGAAUGACGAGCAAGUCAAUCGAGGACAUCAGCGAUCUCUUUAGAGAAGUGGACGGCCUCUACAUCAGCAAAUUCUUCGACGAAGACAUCUUGAGGUCUGCUCUCUCCUACAAGCCCAGACCCGAAGAAAUAUUCAUCGUAACCUACCCAAAAUGCGGCACAACUUGGACUCAGUACAUUGUGCACUCCAUCUUGAACGACGGUGUGCCUCCCAAGGACUUCAUUGACUUUGCGCUAAGGUCCCCCUUCCUUGAGUUCUUUGGCGCCGAGGCAGCAGAGAAAAUGAUCCGGCCCGGCGCCAUCAAAACUCACUUACCCUUCAACAUGCAGCCUUACUCUGAGAAUGCCAAGUACAUAUACGUCGCUCGGAAUCCCUACGACUGCUGCGUUUCUUUCUUCCAUCAUAUCAAGAGCGCGCCUUCGUAUGGACUUGGAGACUCGUCAUUCGACCAGUUCUUCGACAUGUUUGUUAGCGGGAAAGUCAGCUUCGGAGACUAUUUUGAUCACCUGUUAUCCUGGUCUGAUCACCGAAACGACGAAAAUGUCCUCUUCUUCACAUAUGAAGACCUUAAAAAGGAUACCAGGGGUUGGGUUCUGAAGAUUGCCGAUUUCCUGGGUGAAGCCUACGGAGCGAAGCUGAGACGGAACGAGGCGUUGCUCGACCGGGUGCUGAAAGACACAAGCUUCGAAAGCAUGAAGAAGCCUGUCAAUGAGGGCAUGAAAACUUUGAUGCCAAAGCUUCUUUCACUUCCCCGUGAGAAGCAGCUAAAAUCUGUAGAAGUAUUCAAAACGUUCCUGGACAAAGAGGAGUCGUUUGUGCCGCAAGGCGAGUUUGUACGUAAGGGUAUCAUCGGGGAUUACAAGAACCACUUCUCGGUCGAUCAGACUCGACGCAUGAAGGAACGAAUCGCAGUCAAGACAGCAGGUAGCGACAUUAUGAGCUUGUGGAAUGAUAUUGAGUUGCCUUAAACGUAGCAUACUAGAAAAAAGGAACACGUGAAGUUUGUUUGUUUUUACCAAAACAGAGUUUUAUUUUUUGGCCAUUAAAAAGUGGAACUUUCUCGAAGUGUCAAAGUGGAAGACAUUGUUGUAAUACACAGUAACACCGAACGAAUGAACGUGGAAAUUCACAUUUUAAACAUCC